CCGAGGGCUCCGGAGCGGCGACUGGCGAGCCAUGGCGCUGGGGCUGCAGCGUGCAAGGUCGACCACCGAGCUGCGCAAGGAAAAGUCCCGGGAUGCGGCCCGCAGCCGGCGCAGCCAGGAGACCGAGGUGCUGUACCAGCUGGCUCAUACGCUGCCCUUCGCCCGCGGCGUCAGCGCCCACCUGGACAAGGCCUCUAUCAUGCGCCUCACCAUCAGCUACCUGCGCAUGCACCGCCUCUGCGCCGCAGGGGAGUGGAACCAGGUGGGAGAAGGGGGAGAACCACUGGAUGCCUGCUACCUGAAGGCCCUGGAGGGCUUCGUCAUGGUGCUCACCGCCGAGGGAGACAUGGCUUACCUGUCGGAGAAUGUCAGCAAACACCUGGGCCUCAGUCAGCUGGAGCUCAUCGGACACAGCAUCUUUGAUUUCAUCCACCCCUGUGACCAAGAGGAGCUUCAGGACGCCCUGACCCCCCAGCAGACCCUGUCCAGGAGGAAGGUGGAGGCCCCCACGGAGCGGUGCUUCUCCUUGCGCAUGAAGAGUACGCUCACCAGCCGCGGGCGCACCCUCAACCUCAAGGCAGCCACCUGGAAGGUGCUGCACUGCUCUGGACAUAUGAGGGCCUACAAGCCCCCUGCACAGACUUCUCCAGCUGGGAGGCCUGACUCAGAGCCCCCGCUGCAGUGCCUGGUGCUCAUCUGCGAAGCCAUCCCCCACCCAGGCAGCCUGGAGCCCCCGCUGGGCCGAGGGGCCUUCCUCAGCCGCCACAGCCUGGACAUGAAGUUCACCUACUGUGACGACAGGAUCGCAGAAGUGGCUGGCUAUAGUCCCGAUGACCUGAUCGGCUGUUCCGCCUACGAGUACAUCCACGCGCUGGACUCCGAUGCGGUCAGCAAGAGCAUCCACACCUUGCUGAGCAAGGGCCAGGCAGUAACAGGGCAGUAUCGCUUCCUGGCCCGGAGCGGUGGCUACCUGUGGACCCAGACCCAGGCCACAGUGGUGUCAGGGGGACGGGGCCCCCAGUCGGAGAGUAUCGUCUGUGUCCAUUUUUUAAUCAGCCGGGUGGAAGAGACCGGAGUGGUGCUGUCCCUGGAGCAAACGGAGCAACACUCUCGCAGACCCAUUCAGCGGGGCGCCCCCUCUCAGAAGGACACCCCUAACCCUGGGGACAGCCUUGAUGCCCCUGGCCCCCGGAUCCUCGCCUUCCUGCACCCCCCUUCCCUGAGCGAGGCUGCCCUGGCCGCUGACCCCCGCCGUUUCUGCAGCCCUGACCUCCGUCGCCUCCUGGGACCCAUCCUGGAUGGGGCUUCAGUAGCGGCCACUCCCAGCACCCCGCUGGCCACGCGGUGCCCCCAAAGUCCUCUUUCGGCUGAUCUCCCACAUGAACUACCUGUGGGCACCGAGAAUGUGCACAGACUCUUCACCUCUGGGAAAGACACUGAGGCAGUGGAGACAGAUUUAGAUACAGCUCAGGAUGCCGAUGCUCUGGAUUUGGAGAUGCUGGCCCCCUACAUCUCCAUGGAUGAUGACUUCCAGCUCAACGCCAGCGAGCAGCUACCAAGGGCCUACCACAGACCUCUGGGGGCUGUCCCCCGGCCCCGUGCUCGAAGCUUCCAUGGCCUGUCACCUCCAGCCCUUGAGCCCUCCCUGCUGCCCCGCUGGGGGAGUGACCCCCGGCUGAGCUGCUCCAGCCCUUCCAGAGGGGACCCUUCAGCAUCCUCUCCCAUGGCUGGGGCUCGGAAGAGGACCCUGGCCCAGAGCUCAGAGGACGAGGACGAGGGAGUGGAGCUGCUGGGAGUGAGACCUCCCAAAAGGUCCCCCAGCCCAGAACCCGAAAACUUUCUGCUGUUUCCCCUCAGCCUGAGUUUCCUUCUGACAGGAGGACCAGCCCCAGGGAGCCUACAGGACCCCAGUACCCCACUCCUGAACCUGAACGAGCCCCUGGGCUGGAGUGCAGUGGUACAAACACGGCUCACUGCAGCCUCGACCUGCUGGGCUCAAGCGAUCCUCCUACUUCAGCCCCCACAAGUAGCUGGGACUACAGCCAUGCGCCAUCAUGCCUGGCUGUUUGUAUGUUUUGUAGAGACGAGGUUUCGCCACGUUGCCCAGGCUGGUCUUGAACUCCUGAGUUCAAGCGAUCCACCCGCCUUGGCCUCCCAAAGUGCUGGGAUUAUUGGCAUGAACCACCGCGCCCGACAGUAAAUAUGUUUUGAAUGAAUAAACUCUCAUAAAUGAAGUACGUGUGAGUAUCCUGGUUUCCCAGGUAACAACAGCUGACUUAACUGCUUUCUCACCAGUAUUAGUUACGGUUCAAACCACCUUCCAUGGAUUUACUCGUUUAUUCCUCACAACAGCCCAAGAGGGAGGUGCUGUUAUUAGCCCAUCUUACAGAUGAGGGAACUGAGGCACAGAGAGGUGAAGCCACCUGCCCCAGGUCACACAGCAAGUAAAUAGCAACGCCUGGAUUCAAACUAGGGCAGUGUCUGGCUCUGGACUCGGGUUCUUCACCGCAGCCCUGAACACCCCAGAGAGGUUCAGAGAGCGAAACAUGCCCAAGACGUCACUGCCGUUUGAAUCCAGGCAGGCCUGACUCGCCACCCAGGCUUUUAACUGCCAGGAAGGGGAGAUGGGUUGAUGUGGGAUAUGAUGAGGUUUCUCUUCAAAUAACCCGAUCGGUCUUUUAUUCUUUAAUUCUUAGUACCCCCCACCUUUUUCCCUUUUUCUCCUUUUUUCCUUUUUGCCUUUGUUAAAUGCCCAGACACGCCACAAUACCAGACGUUAUCAAUACCAGCUCACAUUCCUUUCCUUAUUUAAAAAAAGGACUAACUUUCUAACUCAUUACAGGCACCCCUUCCCCUUUCCUGUCUUCUUUCUUUUAUGUGCCCACCUUAUCUAAAAAAAAAUCAAAUGUUUAGCCAACCGAAAUUAGUUUAAAUUGUAUAACCCAACCCCAGCCAAUGAAAAAAAAGUACGAAAACAAGACUUGCCUCAAAAAUAAAGGCUCUUGUGCCCCUUUGUUCCAGUGUGCUCUCAUGGCAACUGGCCAAAGAGGCACCCCUCUGCGCAAAAGUAAAAUUACUAAAAAUCCUUUGUUUGAGUGUUCAAUUUCCUUAAGAUUUUAAACAUUAUUCCUAACACUGGGGUUAUGGUUGUCCUCUGAUUUAUCUUUCGUCUUUUACCUUUCAUUUAUCAUUUAUCUUUCAUCUUUGCAGGCCUGGGCCCCUCCCUGCUCUCUCCGUACUCAGACGAGGACACUACCCAGCCCGGGGGCACCUUCCAGCCAAGGGCAGGCUCAGCCCAGGCCAA